GAAUUUUGUAUUGUUUUUGUAUUUAUUUUUUUCGGCAUAACAUGUUAAAUUAUGGCAUGGAUAUUAUUACUUAAAAGCAUAUUCAUUAUUUUUACUACUGUUCAUGCUAAAGGUAUAAUUCCUUAUGGUAAAGGAAUUUGUAAAAAACCAAAGAGCGAAGAAAGAGGCAUAAAUGUAACAGUGCGACAUUGCUGCAAUAAUUAUUACCAAAUAGAUGAAAGAUGUGUCAGUGUGAUAAUGAGAAGGGGUGCAUUCCUCUAGACGCUUUUGACAGUAGUUCUACAUACAAGACAGUGGUAAUUCCAACUGCUGGCGGUCAAACUGCAGAAAAUGGUAACAGUAAUGUUAUUAUCUUCAUUGCUUGUGUUGCCGCUGGAAGCAUUGUAAUUGUCAUCUGUGCAAUACUAGUAAAGAACAGGGGAGCAGUCCGUAGACGAAAACCGAUUAACAUUGCCAGGGAACAUGCAAAGAGGAGUAAAAAAGGACAAACAUUAAAAUGUAAAAAUAAAAAUGUGAAAGACAAUAGAGAGAGCAUGUAUGCUGAUAUAAAUGAGAAAUACAUGAUUAAUUUCGACGGGGAGUAGUAAUAAACGUUGCAAGUUAUAUUUUGGCAAUUAGAAGACACCUAUAUUAUAGUUUUUCCUGUGUCUGUGUGUAGAUUUGAGGAAUCCAAUUUUGAUUUGCUUUUAAAUAUUUUAAUUAUUUUACUAAUUGAUUGAAUAUUUUUUUUUAACAUAA